AUGGGCAACUACUACUUUACCAGCUGCGCCAAUGGAAGCAAGACCAAGGUGGAGUACACGUUUGGCUACAAGAAGAAUGCGGUGCCCUUCGUGCCCUCCAUCUCCGAGGAGGAAGUGCGAGCUGUGCAGAGGGCCUGGGCCCGUGCCAUUAAGACCAUCUCCAAGACCUACCUUUCCGGAGGCGACUAUGUCGCGGAGGCCGCCAAGGCCGCAGGUGAGCUGUAUGGAUACGGACACACCAACGUGCUCUUCAAGCCCACCAAGGAUGCCGGCUUUGCCAUCAACGGUGGAAAAGGCUGGGCUGACGUGGU